AUGGGGGUGUUCUCUUAUCAGUACCUGGCGUCCAAUGACAGUUUACUUUUCAACAUCACACCAACCCACUUCCCCCCCCUGCCACCCAUAAUAGACCAGACCAUCAGCAUCACCAUCAUAGUAGCCAUCUUCAUCACCAUGGUUUCACUGGGCUGUACCAUGGAGGUGUCCAAGAUCAAGACCCACAUCCUGAAACCUAAAGGAGUAGCCAUCGCAGUGGUGGCCCAGUUCGGAGUAAUGCCCCUCACUGCCUUCUCAUUGGCUAAGGUGUUACAGCUGGGGCCGAUGGAGGCUGUAGCGGUACUGAUCUGUGGAUGCUGCCCAGGGGGAAGCCUCUCCAAUAUACUGGCCCUGGCACUGAAGGGAGACAUGAACCUCAGUAUUGUGAUGACUACCUGCUCUACAGUUCUAGCCCUGGGUAUGAUGCCACUGCUCCUCUACCUAUACUGCCAGGGCUUCUCCAACCUGGAGAGUGCUGUCCCCUACGCUGGCAUCACUCUGGCCCUGGUCAUGACUCUGUUCCCUUGUGGCAUCGGCAUCCUCAUCAACUUCUACAGGCCGCAGUACUCCAAGACCAUUACCAAGAUCGGUCUGUCCCUCCUGUUGAUAUCCAUGGUAGUGAUCGGCCUAUUGGCCAGCGUGACCAGAGGAAGAAUAAAUGUGAUGCUGACCGUCCUGUCCCCUCAACUAAUGGCCACUGCUGCCCUCAUUGGCUACUCUUUAGGAUACAUCCUUUCCUACCUGUUCAGAGUCAACAGAUCGGGGCAGAGGACCAUCGCCAUGGAGACGGGAUGUCAGAACAUCCAGCUGUGUUCCGCCAUUUUGAAGGUGGCGUUCCCUCCCGAUGUGAUUGGUCCGCUCUACCUCUUCCCGAUAGUCUACAUAGUGUUCCAAGUGGGAGAGGCCUUACUGCUCAUCGUCCUCUUCUGGGUUCACCAGAGGUUCUUUAAAACGACAAAGAAAGAGAAGCGGGUGUACGAGGCAGUGAAGUUAGAGGAAGCCGGCCAGCCCAGCGAUGUGGCCAUUUGA